CAACGCUCCUCGUGCCUGCACAGAAUCACAUUUUUCAAUGCAUGCAAAUUAACAGUGAUUAUUGUUCUUAUUAUGCCUCCGAAGAAGACCGUAAAGAAGAAGUUGGUUGAAAAAGUGGACAGAGAUGAGCCAAAUGGUCGAGGAAGAGGCGUCGACGGACAGCUCAGCCAACUGGGGAGGGAGCAGUACGGAGCGCAGGUUCGGGACCUGGAGCUGCGGCUGCAGAGGUACCAGCAGAAGUGUGAUGAGCUGGAGGCGAAGCAAAGAAAUUUCUCCUUCCAGUACAGCACUUUGGAGAAGGAGAAGAGUGACAUUGUGCUUUACCUGAAACGCUUGCUGGCUCAGAAGGAGGAUGAGCUGACAGAGCUCUCCGAGCAGCUGCUAGAGCUCCAGCAGGCCAAGGAGGCUGAAAAGGAAUCCUUUGAGGCACAACUGGUUCAGCUCCGCCACGAGUUCCAAGAGAGCAAGGACCAGCUCAUCUCAGAGAACAUGGUGCUGGCUGGGAAGAUGGCUGCUCUGGAGGAGUUUCGACUGCAGAAAGAGGAGUUGAUGGAAAAUCUGAAAACCUUGGAAGAACAGCUGAAGCUGCAGAGGCAGGAUUAUGAAACAGUUAUUUACAACCUGGAGAAGAAGGCGGUGCUGGACAAUGACAGGCUCAAGAAGGAGAUGCACCAGCACAUAGCAGCUGUGGCGGCAGAGUUCCGACAUGUCUCUGAGAAGAGCAUGCCGGAGACGAUGAUGAGGGCAAUGCAUGAGAAUGUGUCUGUCAUGGCACAGCUGCGCAAGCUCUCAGAUAAGAGCAAAGAGCUGUUGGAGGAGAACCAGAGCCUAAAGGAAAAGGAGAAGCAGCUCCGACGGGAGCUGGAAGUGCUGGAACCUUUGCUGAAAGAAAUGACCAGAAAAAGCCUCAGCAACCAGAAGGUUAUCCAUCAGCUGACACAGAGGUGUAAACAGCAGCAGGCAGAGCUAGAGGAGCAUGAAAGGAGUGACAAACAGCAACUUCAGCUGCAGAAGGACCAUGCUGUACUAUGCCAGGAUCUUGUCAGCCUCAGACAGAAGCUGUCUGUGCUGUAUGAGGAGUCUGAGCAGAACCGUGCCAUAGCAGACAAACUGAGGAAGGAACUGAAGCAGGAGCAGGCCCUCAGGGUCCAGAUGAAGAAGGGUCUAGAGGAGGCUGCCGCAGCCCUGAAACAUGCUCAUCAGGACCUGCCCAAGGAGAAGGACUUGGUUCCAACCAUUGCUCACCGCAGCCACAUGAUGCAGAGGCUCCUUGUUUUGCUUGAUAGCCUCACCCUGCUGGGCAACAAACCUGCCCAAGAACAGCUGCAGAAAAAGGAUGUGCUCAGAGAGAUGCAACUAACAAAGAAGAAUCAAAAGGACACUUUGGCUUCACCUCUCAGACAUCAGCCAUCAGUAAAUGUCACACAUACAUGAAGAGCAGCUAGCAAAGUGUUUAAGGACACAGACCUGUUGCCAUUUUUACUGUAUGUGUGCCAAAUGUGGUAAGUAGCUUUGGACAGAAGUAUUAGUUUGGAGGAAAAAAUAUAUAUGUAUAGGGACUGUCUGACCAGUGGGGGUGGGGAAUCACAAAUCCACCAAGAUUUUUCUCUUGUCAUUUUAAUUGUACUAUAUUUUGUUGCAAUAGUAUAGAAUACUGCAGAGUCAAAAAAGGGUUUUUUCCUGUAAUGAAACCCUAAAUAUUUUAAGUUUUGUUUUAGUUGUGCACCCAAAUGUCAUGUUAAGCAUUUGUAGAUCAUACAUACUAACUGGGCUUUGGAACCAAUAAAAAUCAGAAUGUACAAUAGUCAAACCUACUGUAAUUAUAUUAACGUGGGCUUGAGGGCUGUUUCCUCUAAAGGUAAGUUUGGUCAUUUUAAUAAGCAAAAGUGAAAUACAUUUAUGGUGACACCCUUUGUGCAUUAAUUAAAAAUUAGAAUUAUUUUGCUGUGAACAAAGGAUUUUUGUCCUUGUCUUCAAGAAGCAUUAUCAGUUUUU